GUCAGUCUCGUCGCGUAUGCCGUGAGGGGAACGUUUUCUCGCGUCCGUUCCCGACUCCGUCGAGCCUCCUUCGCUCGCAAACGACCGGUAAAUCUGCAGAUAACAGUGAACGCGAUCGCGCACUCUCCGCUUUCGCGAUCGUUCGGCGUGUAUUCGCUCGUGGAUCGAAAAAAAUGCAGUGCGCGUGAUAGGACGCGCCGACUGCCGCCGAACGGACGAGGAGCUCUCUCCCUAUCUUUCUCUCUCUCUCUUUCUCUCUCGCGUUCUAACCUCGAAAACGGUCCUUGACGCCAUGCAGCCAGCGGAGCAGCGGCGGCUAUCGCGCGCGUGUGCAUCCUGAUGCGAGUAUUAUUUAUCGGUGACAUUUCUGUGUGUCUCCCGGAACAACGAGAGCACGAUAUGACACGUUCGUGAUUCGCCGUGCGAGGAGGAUUUUCGCGUCGUCGCGAAAAGGACCAAGAUCUCGGUCCGCAACAUUAUUAAGAUAUCCCUUUCGUCCUUCUUCUCUCUCGGUGUAUAUAUCGGACGCCGUGACAAGUGCGUGGUAUGUUCGACUUGACGGGUACGACGCGACGUUACGCACUUUUCGAUCGUUCUUGCGUCGCGGAUUCCGCAAAGUGGACACUCGUCACGUGACGACGCGCAUCGUUCCUCAAUCAUUUUAUCGUCGAUCGUCGCGGGACGAUCGCCUUUGUGCUCCUGCUAGUGAGAUUUUUCUCCACGAUGAUGAGAGCGACGCAGGAUUGUCUGCCGCGAGACGCCAAUGUCGCUAAAAUCUGACACCGAGAUAUAUUGAUAUACAUAUCGAUCGCACACCCGCGUGCGCGCGCGCGCGCGCGCCCGAACAUUCGCCGCGGAUCCCCCGCAAUCUCGCACGUGUCGUUCCCGUCGUGUCCACCGUGAGUAUGCAGUCCAACACGAUACUUCGCUCUGACGUCGGUAGCACGGAGAAGCUGAUGGGUAACAAUAAUAAUCUCAACAACAACGGCUCGCCGGGGGCGGACAUAAUGUUCCAGAUGGAGGACGAGGGCCUCACGCAGUUGGGCAGCGUUUUUCAAUCGGCUUACCAGUCGAUUGUGGGCGGCGGUCCUCAGUAUGGCUCGGAUGAAUUUGGGCAGGACUCGCCGAGAUACACGUCGCCAAAGGGUGCCCUUUACGCAGACUCUUAUUAUAUCGACGGCAAUACCGCAGGAACCGGUCCUGGGGAUCCGUGGACGGGUAGCGGUGGUGGUGUUCAACCCCCAUACAGUGGAUAUGCACCCCCUCACCUGGCGCAGCCAGCUUACCCAAUGCACUUACCCCACGACCCCAUGGCAUACUCGGCGAUGUCGCCGAACGGUGAAUCUGCAGCGCCGAUCCUGGGCUCGGCGGUGACCAGUGCGGCUUCCCUGCCGCCGAUGUCGACAUUCCGGGGUAGCGCCGCGGUCGCGGCGAACAGCGGCACAGGGGCGCCGUCCCCGGCAUCGUUGCAAUAUAGCCAUAGUCCUGGUGCACCGACGACCGCGCCCUCCGCGCCCAAUGCUGCGCCCACGACGAACCAGCAAUCUACCACGGACGACACCCUCGGCAAGACCCUCGCAUCGGUCGUAAGCAACCGAAUUUUUCCCACGGACCAAUCAGUAUCCAGUUAUAGCAGUAAUCCAUCUACGCCCGUCAGUUCACCGCCACCUUUAACCGGCUCGGCACCAGGCUGGGCACCUGGAGCCGCGCCAGUGUCUCCGCAUUUUACAGCGGAUCCAAAUCGUGGUAUUCACAUGCCGGCGCCUGAACAGCAGAGGCUAGACGAUGCCAUCGGCUUCCUUCGCGACCAUGCCGAGUUGGUACAGGGGACACGGAUGGAGGAACGGCUAGACGAUGCCAUAAACGUUCUGAGGAAUCAUGCCGAGAGUCAAGUGGGCCUCCACCUUGGCCCGGUUGGUCCACACGGCGGGAUAUACUCGCAUACCUCACCACCGCAGCUGGACCAUCUGACGAGUCCACAUCCUGCGGUAACGGUAACGCAACCUCAGGGUUCCUACCCCGGUCUUACCCCCACGCCCGAUACAGAUGGUUCCAUUAAAAUAGAAAGGUUACCUGUGACGAAUGCCAAAUACAUCUCCUUAGAAAAGAGGAAAGAUCCGCCCGAUAGUAGCGGUGGUGAGACGAAACCAUCGAGCAGCGAACUUGCAGCAGGUGUAAUCGGGGCUGCUACGGUCAAUUCGACGUCGCAGGGGAAAGCGACAAAGAGAUCCCGCAGAUAUUGUUCGAGCGCUGACGAAGACUGCGAAGAUCCUGGUACUAAAGCGGUGCGCGAGAAAGAACGUCGCCAGGCCAACAACGUGCGUGAAAGGAUACGUAUCAGAGAUAUCAAUGAAGCUCUAAAAGAACUUGGUAGAAUGUGUAUGACGCAUCUAAAGACAGAUAAACCUCAAACGAAGCUUGGUAUUCUCAACAUGGCUGUUGAAGUUAUAAUGACACUCGAGCAACAAGUUAGAGAACGGAACCUUAAUCCGAAAGCUGCGUGCUUAAAAAGAAGAGAGGAGGAAAAAGCCGAGGAUGGCCCUAAGUUACCAGGCCAUCUUGCAGCGCACAUAGCACACCCGCAUUCUCAUCCACAUGCACACUCCCAACCACCCUUCCCCACAUUACCUGGUCCACAACCUUCCCUUCAGCACAAUCCAUCACAACCGCAGUAGCAGCGGCUCAGUGGCGGUAUCAUUCUGUGUUAAGGGGUAGAUACAUCUUAAAAUCGAUAACAAAUUUACGAAUAUGACUUGCAUAUCCAUAUAGAAAAAAUUUUUUCUGCUCUCACAUAAAUUGUAGGAGUGUGCAAAAAAUUGUGAAUAUUGUGAUGUGCUGCAUGAUAGAAAAAAAAGAAUAGAAGAAGAGAAUAUAAAA